UGCUAUCUUUUGUAGACACUCUCCAGGUUGAUGGAGAAGAAAAUGUAGUUACACGGCCUGAAAAGAAGAAUACACAGAGCUUUUUUGGUUUUGCGUGAACCAUGACAACAAUUACAAUGGCCGGUAUAAGGAAAGUUAACGGGAAAUUCUCUGGAAUCAACCCAGCCGUGAGCUGCUGUCGCCUGCGUCAGGUUCAGGCUCUGCUCUGUGGUAGUGGCGGUGCCACUCCUGAUGGCAUCCUGUGCUCUCUCGGAAUUGAUAGCAGAUAUAACGAGGGGUGCACUGAGCUGGCGAAAUACUUGUUCUAUGGACUGUAUGAACAAAAUCAGAUGACUCUGGAACAUGGCCUUGAGGAAUUUCCUGAAGAAAUGCUGGAUGAUGUGAUCCUGCUAAUUAAGGCAGAGUGUGUUCAUCUGUACUGCAACCCACUGAACUACAGUUACCUGUUGCCCUAUGUGUCACACUGGAGGAACCUGCAUCUCUACUGCAUGACAGAAACAGAGUAUGAAGAUGAAGAAGCAGCAGAGGAAUUUAAAAUCUCCAGUUUUGUUACAAUGGUGCAGGAUUGCUGUCACAUUGGAGUACCUUACAGCUCGCAAGGACAAAUCCAGAAGUUUGAUAUGUUUAUGGUGGAAAAGUGGCCUCUGCUUCAAGCUUUUGCUCUGGAAGGCAUUGGUGGAGGAAGCUUUUUUACCAUGAAAUACAAGUUAAUGGACAUGAGUGAGAAGCUGUGGCAGGUUUACAGCAGACUUGACCCAGUUUCCCUGGAUAAUCUCCUCACAGAGGACCUGGUAAACUUUGAGAAGCAGUGGAAUGGCUUUUUCUCCAGCAUGGACCUGGAGAAUCAUCUGUCUAUCCUGGAGCUUUCGGAAGCACAGGCGGGAGAGGCAUUCCGUACUUAUUACCUUCAUGGACUGAUCUCAAGCAAAAUCACAGAUAAAAGUAAAUGUCAGCAGCCCUAUGUGCUGUUUGGGAAACAUUCUGCCUUGGAGGAUCUGGAGAACUAUUUAUUCAACUUUCCCUCAGAGAGUCAUCAGGUCCGCAACACAGGGCCUCAAGGUUCUGCAGCCAGACACAUGAUUCUCCAGUGUGUGGCUCCCAAAGGACCUCUUGCCUGCUCUCGAACCUAUUUCUUUGGGACUACGCACUCCCCAUACCUUGGAAAUCAGAGCACAGAGCAAAAGAAAACAGAUGUCUUAGUUUUGUCACAGAUUUAUUCAGCUGCCAUUCAAGCAGUCCUGUCAGGAAUCAAAUGCUACUCCUGUAGCACCAGUGCUACCAAAGCUAAGGAUGUAGCUGAGAACACCUUUCUGAUGGCAUUGGACUCAGUGAAUUUAAGCCAGUAUCGCAGUUUUCUCAGGUCCAAAUGUGAAUUCACCAUUCAAGCAGUGAAUAAGCAAGGAAUGUUAAUUCCUCUCACUAAUGAAGACAGCCGUUAUGUAGUGAAAACAGCUUCCCUGAUUGUCCAUGACAUCCCAGACCUGCAGUGGGACAGGGGAAACCUGGGAUCUGUAGUCUUCUCUGAAUCCUUCCUGGAGUCCAGUAUCAACAUUCAACAGAGAGAUGGCACUGUGUCUUCGGACAGCUGCUACACCAUCUUGACUACAGCUGUGCCUCGCUAUGCCUGCUGGCUGAUGGAACCUGAUGUCAAGCAGUCUGAACAAGCACAGCAGCUCACUAAGGAAGACGACGGGACGUGUUUGGGAACAGUUGUGACUGCAGCUGAUGCUGCAUAUGUGUUGUCCAGCAGCCACCUUUCCACUCCUGAAGAAGGAAAGAUCAUUUUCUUUUCUGAGGGACUGUUUAUCCAUUCUCAAUAUGGGAGCAUCACUAUUUCCAAGGAUCACAUCAACAAAGUCAAGUUAUACAAUCCAGACUCCAGCACUGUGGCCUCGCUCUUUGUGGAGUAUGAGGACAGUCUUCUCCCACACCUGCCAUUCCCUCUUCACAGCUCUGAUAAGUGUCUGGUCUUUGCUCUUCUUCCCAGGUCUAAGAGCCACAGGGCCUUCUACUCUAAGGUUUUGUCUGUGUGGAAAAGCUCUGGACUCACUCUGCAAUUCUUGGAUCAAGACAGCCUGACCUGGAACCAGAAAAAUCUGCACAGCAAGCUGCAGAAGCUGCACGGCAGUCAGGAGCCACCAAUGGCCAAACGCAGAGGCAGCCUAAAAACUUCAUACUGUCAACUGCCAGAGCAGGAAAUGUUUCUUCAGCACUUUGCUCUUAGUAGCAUUGGUCAGGAGCCCAUUCUCUAUGAGCACCUGGGGAUGCUCUUCCCCUCUGCAGAGCUUAGGAAUAUACCCCCUUGCCAGGGAGACAAGGUUGUCAUCACCAUCAUCACUGGACUGCCAGGAAGCCAUAAGAAGAGACUUUGCAACUUCCUAGUUCGACUAAACAAGGAAUGUGAAAGGUGGGUGGUUUAUGAGCCUGGUCCUGAAAGUUUCUCAGCCUCUCAUCUCCAAAAGUAUUUGUCCAGCUUCUUGGAGAACCAGAGAGGUACAAGAGGCAAACCCUAUCUGUUGCUGCUUACACCUGGAUACACAGAUGUUCUGGAUGUGGUCCAGGCUGUGCUCUUCCAUCCUGACCCGGUUGUUCAGGCUUGUUUCACCAUUGGUGCCGUCACUGCCUGUGUGAACCCUCUCACCUCCUUUAUGGAGCACAGGUUUGCUUUUCCUAAGCUGCUGGAGCAGUGCAGCCAAGGUAUUGUGAGUACAGUGGUGUUCACUGGGCUGACAGCAGAGAAGAAGCACCCUCUCAUGCAGCAUGUUCAGCAGUUGGUACGCUCUGCCAACCCCACUGCUGCCUUCAUACUGGCAGAGAGAGGAGCUGUCAGCAGAGAUGAAGAUGUGAAUCUGAUCUUGUCUGAGAGCGGCUUCAACGAGCCACAGAUGCUGAGAGCGCGUUAUGUCCUCUACCCUGGAUGGUGCAAAGGGCGCUUCUUCUGUGGUUCUGGGACUCUAGUCCUCACCCAGCAGCGCGUGGCUUUUAACCGGCCCCUAGAGAGGCCUCUAUUUGUCACCCACUGUAAAGCAAUCAAGUCAUCACUAAGGCCAAGCCCCUUCCAAGGAAAUGUGUACAAUGUCUGGGGGAAAAUCCAAUUUUCCGACUCAGACCAGCUGAUGGAAGUGAGCUACAGUGCACUGAGUGGGAGCCUGAGUUUUGUCCCUGAAGACUGCAGUGGUCCUCCGACCGAGGGCCCCAAAGAGACCACCACCUCCUGUUUCUUAAUCUUUGAUGGUGUCGGUCUCACUGAGGGUGGACUAAAGGACUGGCUAAGACUGUGCGCCAAGCAGAAGCAGGCAAAGAAAACUAAGAAGACCAAAAGUACCCUUUCACAACAGGAAAUCAAGAGCAUUCACGUGACCAGACACUUGGAGCCGCUACCACCGGGCUACUUCUACAACGGGUACCAGUAUGUUGACAUCUUUGGAGAGAAAACAAACUUCCAUCCCAACAUGGAUGAGUUUAUUAAGGAGUAUAUCGCUGAGGCCAACAAGGAGAUAGAGAAAUUCAACUGUCAGCUGGAGUUGCAGGGACAACCUGACCUGUUUGAUCCAUAAUCUACAUGUAUGUUCACUCCAUCUGUCUCACUGUGGGGGGGUCAGGGAGGGCAAAGGCGAUAUGUGCUGAACACUCCAGUAGAGUAAUCAUUGUGUGGUCACACCUCAUGUAUCUUCAGAAACUGCUGCUUACUAUGUCAUUUUCUUUCUUUCUUAUUUUGAGCCUUUGAUCAGUGUAUCAUCAAUGAAAAGCUGGUUGUGUAAUUGUAUGGCUGUUUGCCAUAUGUGAGACUACACCACCAUUAGCACUUUGGUGAGUCGGGUUUCAUUGUUAUGACGUGGUAAUUCAGACUAAGGCAUGUUUGUCAGGAGAUGAGGUUUGUUUACAGCUGCAGACAAAUCUGAAAUCCAGCCCCACACAAAUCUCCACCUUUAAACCAAUGUGAUUAUACCACUGAGUCUGCAAGCUGCGAGACUUUCACAAUUGAAGGGAAUUUCCAGUCACACACUCAGCUUGUGUGUUUCUGUUUAUCACAGUUGGCAAAUUAAUGCCUCUAUUUCUGGGCAGGUGUGGAUAGCCGUGUGAUUCUGGUGGGCUCCCUGGUGGGGUUUCUCAAGAAUCGCUCCUCCUCUGUUGUCACCCAAUCCACGGUCCACCUGUUAGCUUAUCUGCAAGCCACACUGCAGCAGGGGGAGCGCUUGAUCACUGAGCUGUAAACAUUGGGCAGCCCG